AUGUCCUUACGCGAUGCCGAGGCUGCUAACCAAGACGGACAGUCUGACGACGAAUAUACGGAAGACCAGACCAUAAAGGAGGAGGUGGUGUUACGAGAAGAUGAUGACAUUGGCCCACCGGUAGACCCCGGCUGCCCGGAUUUGGAGCCUGGAGACGACGAUACGCCGGAGGUUGAACCGCAUCAAGACGAGGACACUACCUUACAGAUACCGGUGGUGGAAGUUGAGGAACCGAUUCAACAAACGGAAGCCAGGGACGACUACCAGCAGCUACUAUCUUCAUUUCAUGCUACAGACCGUCACAGAACGGCGCUGAUACCUACAAAACGAGAGAAUACACCGGCAAGCCCAGUGAAAAACAAACAAGUCAAAGUAGACCAUCCAGCCAAGGACGAACCUGAACAGGAAGGCGUUUGCACCCAUCAACAUUCGGAUAUUGUACCAGAUUGGAAUGACUCGGUAGAGGAGGAACCUCAUGAAGACGACAACAUCACCAUACAAGCGCCGCUGCCAGAAAUAAACGAAUCACCUCGACCUACUAAAUAUACUUCGGGAUUGGACGAAGCGGUUCAGACUGCGAAUAACAUAUCAUGGGUGGGACGCUCCACCUACCACCCGAUGAGAAAGGCAUCAGAAGUGGACGUUGUUGCUUUCCUCAGUGCAGUGAUUCCGGAAUCUACGCAAAGUGUCCUCGGAGAUGACGACAUCACGGAACAGAAACUGAUGAGCCUACCGCCCAUUGAUAGGACAGAAGAUAAGUGCGGCGUGUAUGGCUGCUAUGUGCGCAGGGUCGGAGGCACUGGUGGGCUCUAUAUCGGCUCCACCACUUGGAGUCUCCGGCGGCGCCUACACGAACAUCUCUAUCAUAUGCGGAAGGCUCGGCAGCAAGGCAAAGCAAGCGGUGCCUUCUAUCAAUACUACUUGAACAAUCCAAGUAGUACCGCCAUCUUCUUCGAGAUAGCGUCGUGGCCAAAAUCCGAGUGUAGUGCAUGGUUGGUCCGGUUAUUGGAGACGAUUAUAAUGUUAAUUCUAGAUACCUUUGCACCAGCGCGAGCAUCACCGACUUACAAUGUCGGCGAAGAGCAAUUAUCUGAUCCAAUGGAUAAAGUUGAUUCGCGAUCGAAUCACUUUGAGCCCCUCAAUUCCGCCUUGCCCACGAAGCAGACUCUGAAAUGCGGCCUCGGCCGGAAAGCUCGUUGGCACGGAAAACGCUGGAUAUGA